AUGAGCGGCGGGCGCUGGCGGCGGCCCGCAGACAUGGUGCAGCCGGGGCCCGAGGCGGAGCCGGCGCUGGCGGAGGCGCUGCAGCGGCUGCGGGCGGAGAACCGCGAGCUGAGGAGUGCCCUGUGUCACUGCACGCAGUCCCUGCGGCAGCGCCUGGACGAGCUGCGCCGGCUGCAGCUGCAGCGCCGGGGGGAGCGGGAGCUGCUGCGCGGCCGCUGGGGCCAGGCCCGACAGCUGGUGCUGCACCUGCGGGGACAGCGCGGGGACAGCGCUGGGGACACGCCUGGGGACAGCGGGGACACGCCUGGGGACGGCGCUGACAACGGCAGGGACACACCCGGGGACGGCAGGGACACACCUGGGGACGGCAAGGGCGGCUCCAGGGACACCAAGGACACCUCCGAGGACAUCAGGGACACUGCUGGGGACACCAAGGAUGCCCCCAGGGCCAUCAGGGACACCGCCGAGGACACCCUUGGGGACAUCAGCAUCACCGCUGGGGACACCAAAGCCAGCCCUGGGGACACCAAAGCCAGCCCUGGGGACACCAAAAACGGCCCCGAGGACACCGAGAGCAGCCUUGAGGACAUCAGGGACACCCGUGAGGGCACCAAGGACGGCCCUGGGGACAUCAGGGACACCCUCGGGGACAGCCUCGGGGACCCUGGGGACAGCUGCAGGAGCGCCCCUGACACCAGCACCAAGCCCCUGUCGGUGUCCCCUCCCCUGGACGAUGUCCCCGCUGUCCCGGAGCCCCCCCAGGCCCCCCCCGGGGCCCCCCCGGAGCCCAGCUCCGAGGAGCAGCUGAGGCAGCGCCUGGCGGAGGCUGAGGCUGAGCUGGUGGCCCUGCGCUCCCGCGUGGCCGUGGCCGAGCUCCGCGCUCAGGACGUUUCCCGCGCGGCCGAGCUGCAGCUGCAGGGACUGCGGCGACAGCUGGAGCAGGACAAGGCCCAGGUCCAGGCCCAGGUGACGUCGCUGCUGGGGGAGCUCCGGGAGAGCCAAAAUCGCCUGGAGAGGAGCCGGGCAGAGAGAGAGCACCUGGAGCGCAGGGCCCGCGGUGACGCCGAGCGGUGCCAGCAGCUGGAGGAGGUGGCCCAGGGCCAUCAGGUGCAGCUGGACCAGCUCCGGCUGCAGGUGACCAACCUGGAAACCGCCCUGAGGGUGGAGCGGCGCGGGGCCACCGAGGAGAAGCGGAAGCUGGUGCAGCUGCAGGCCGCCUACCAUCACCUGUUCCAGGAGUACGACGCCCACAUCAAGGCCAGCCUGGAGGGGGACAAACGGAGCCAGGUGACGCAGGAGCAGCUCCGUGCGGCCGAGGCGGCGCUGGCCCUCAAGCAGGAGCUCAUCGAUCGCCUCAAGGACGAGGCCGAGCGCCAGCGGGCGGCCCUGGAGACCAUCCCGGUGCUGCAGGCACAGGCCGACAUUUACCGCGCGGAUUUCGAGGCGGAGCGCGCGGCGCGGGAGCAGCUGCACGGGCAGCGCGAGGCUCUGCAGGAGGAGCUGAACCAGCUGCGGCUGCGGCUCGGCGGGGACGGCGCCCGGGCCCGUCUGGAGGAGAUGCGGAACCGGCACUCGGAGCCGCCCCCGGCCCCGGGUUUUGGGGCGCUGCUGCCGCCCCCCCCCCCCGAGGAGGGGCCCGAGCUGUGCUGCCCCAAGUGCCAGUACAAGGCGCCGGACAUGGACACGCUGCAGAUCCACGUCAUGGACUGCAUCAAGUGAGGGGGAGACACCCCCUGAACCCCAGAAACAGCCCUAAAACAGCCCCCUGGAACCCCAAAACCAGCCCUAAAACAGCCCCCCCCAAACCCCAAAAACAGCGCUUGAACACCCCAGAAACAGCCCUAAAACAGCUCCCUGGAACCCCAAAAACAGCCCUAAAACAGCCCCCAGAAACAGCCCUAAAACAGCCCUUGAACACCCCAGAAACAGCCCUAAAACAGCCCCCCCAAACCCCAAAAACAGCCAUUGAACACCCCAAAAACAGCCCUAAAACAGCCCCCCCAAACCCCAAAAACAGCCACAAAACAACCCAAAACCAGCCUCAUA